AUGGCUGCCACGCGCAACGUCUCGACGAGUGCCCCUCACUCAGACAUCAUAGCGGCAGACGUGAGGGAAGAGCCCAAGAAGGCUGUCAAAAACUACAAGGGCUUCGUUGCCGGAGUGUUCUCUGGGAUCGCCAAGCUCACAGUCGGCCACCCCUUCGACACAAUCAAAGUCCGCCUCCAGACAACAGACGCCUCGCGCUUCAGCGGCCCGCUGCAAUGCCUCGGCCAAACGUUACGGAAUGAAGGCAUCCCAGGUCUCUACAAGGGCGCGACCCCUCCGCUGGUGGGCUGGAUGUUCAUGGACUCGGUUAUGCUGGGCUCGCUCACAGUCUACCGCCGCGUCGUCGCCGAGCGCCUCUUCCGCGUCGGCACCGUCGACAACCUGCCCUCAUACGGCCACGGCAUCGCGGGUGUCUUGGCCGGCAGCACCGUCAGCUUCAUUGCGGCGCCAGUCGAGCACAUCAAGGCGCGCCUGCAGAUCCAGUACGCCGCCAACAAGGCCGAGCGGCUGUACAGCGGGCCCGUCGACUGCCUGCGCAAGAUGUACACACAUCACGGAGUGAAGGGCGUCUACCACGGCCUCAGCGCGACGCUGCUGUUUAGAGGUUUCUUCUUCUGCUGGUGGGGCAGCUACGAUGUCUUUUCAAAGUACUUUCAGGAGAACACGAAGCUCAGCGCGCCGGCGGUGAAUUUCUGGGCCGGAGGUUUGAGCGCACAGAUCUUUUGGUUGACGAGCUACCCGUCGGACGUGAUCAAGCAGCGCAUCAUGACGGAUCCCCUUGGUGGCGGGCUCAAUGACGGCACGCCCAAGUUCAGGAGGUGGAAGGAUGCGGCGGCGGCAGUGUAUAGAGAGACCGGGUGGAAGGGCUACUGGCGCGGAUUCUUACCGUGUUUCUUGAGGGCGUUCCCGGCCAAUGCCAUGGCUUUGGUGGCAUUCGAGGGCGUUAUGCGGGCUCUACCCGAGUAG